GCGGGACUGAUCGUCCCCCCGCCCCCUCCCCACCCCGAUGGGUUUCUGAAUCCUGCGGGACAGCGGACCCUGGGAUUGAAGUUGCCUAGUUACUCCCCCUGGGUUGGUCCCCAGAGAGUCCUGAGCACCUGCUAUGGCUGUCAACGUGGCCAUGGGCCGCGACACCAAGUGGCUGACGCUGGAGGUGUGCCGGGAGUUCCAGAGGGGCACCUGCUCCCGCUCCGACGCCGAGUGCAAGUUCGCUCACCCCUCGCGCAGCUGCCACGUGGAGAACGGCCGCGUCAUCGCCUGCUUCGACUCGCUCAAGGGGCGCUGCACACGUGAGAACUGCAAGUACUUGCACCCCCCGCCCCACCUGAAAACACAGCUGGAGAUCAACGGCCGCAACAACCUGAUCCAGCAGAAGACGGCCGCCGCCAUGUUGGCUCAGCAGAUGCAGUUUAUGCUGCCGGGAGCACAGCUGCAGCCCAUAACGACGUUCCCAGUCACGCCUUCCCUGGCCACCAGCCCCAGCAUGGCUUUCAGCCCGUACCUGAGCCACAUGAAUCCGGGGAUGGGCCUGGUUCCGGAGCUGCUGCCCAGCGCCCCCGUGCUGGUCCCGGGGAGCCCCACCACCCUCGCCGUGGGCGGCAGUAACCCCGCGCAGAAACACCUGCGCACCGACAAGCUGGAGGUGUGCCGGGAGUUCCAGCGGGGCAACUGCACGCGCGGGGAGAACGACUGCCGCUACGCGCACCCUCAGGAGGCUGCCAUGGUGGACGGCAGCGAGAACUCGGUCAUCGUCUGCAUGGACUACAUCAAGGGCCGCUGCUCCCGGGACAAGUGCAAGUACUUCCACCCGCCCGCCCACCUGCAGGCCAAGAUCAAGGCGGCGCAGCACCAGGCCAGCCAGAAUGCAGCCGCCGCGGCCGCCAUGGCCCUGCCUCCAGGGGCGCUGCAGGCGCUACCAAAGAGACCCGCCCUGGAGAAGACCAACGGAGCCGCCACCACGGUCUUCAACCCCAGCAUGUUCCACUACCAGCAGGCUCUGGCCAACAUGCAGCUCCAGCAGCCAGCCUUCAUCCCCACAGGCUCUGUCCUGUGCAUGGCGCCCUCUGCCGGCGUUGGGCUUUUCAAACCCCCGGCCCCACUGUUGGCGGAGGGCCGCUGGGAGAGGCGGGACUGGAGCAGCUGCAGGCACCCCCACAGCCGCUCUCUGUCAGUGCCCAGCAUUACCGUUCCCAUGAUGCACGGUGCCACGCCUUCCGCUGUUACGUCGGCCACGACCCCCGUCACCAAUGUCCCUUUUGCUGACACUGCGGCCUCCAAUCAGAUUUCCCAAUUAUCAAUAGAUGAACUGAAUAGCAACAUGUUUGUUUCACAGAUGUAACCAUUGCCCAUAGAAAAUAGACCCCAACGAGGUUCUGAACGCCUGCCCAGUGGAUCUCCAAUGCAUCUCCGUCGAAACCCAGCUCCACCCAGUCCCCAAA